AUGGAGGCUGGGAAGCGCAGCUCCUCACCCGGCAGUCGGGACGAUAGCAGCACUAACGCCGUACUAGCCAAGCCGGCGGCCUCGGUGGAGAAAGCCCAGAGCAGCCCCGGCGGCGGGGGCAGCGGCGUCGUCGUGAAGGAGCAUGGUAAAUUGGUGUGCUUCAAAGUGGACGGCGGCGGGGGCGAGGAGCCCGUGGUGGGCUUCGAGGAUGCCGAGAGGCCCCGGCGGCAGUACGGCUUCAUGCAGCGGCAGUUCACCUCCAUGCUGCAGCCGGGGGUCAACAAAUUCUCCCUCCGCAUGUUCGGCAGCCAGAAGGCGGUGGAGAAGGAGCAGGAAAGGGUUAAAACUGCGGGGUUCUGGAUCAUCCACCCCUACAGCGACUUCAGGUUUUACUGGGACUUAAUCAUGCUCAUUAUGAUGGUUGGAAACCUUGUCAUUAUACCAGUUGGAAUCACAUUCUUCACAGAACAAACAACACCACCAUGGAUUAUUUUCAAUGUGGCAUCAGACACUGUUUUUCUAUUGGACUUGAUCAUGAAUUUUAGAACUGGGACUGUAAAUGAAGACAGCUCUGAAAUAAUACUGGAUCCUAAAAUUAUUAAGAUGAAUUACUUAAAAAGCUGGUUUGUUGUUGACUUUAUCUCAUCAAUACCAGUGGAUUAUAUCUUUCUCAUUGUAGAAAAAGGAAUGGAUUCGGAGGUUUACAAAACAGCAAGAGCACUUCGUAUUGUGAGAUUUACAAAAAUCCUCAGCCUGUUACGUUUAUUACGCCUUUCAAGACUGAUUAGAUACAUACACCAGUGGGAAGAGAUUUUCCACAUGACAUACGAUCUGGCCAGUGCUGUGGUGAGAAUCUUUAAUCUGAUUGGAAUGAUGCUGCUGCUGUGCCACUGGGAUGGUUGUCUGCAGUUUUUAGUACCGUUACUCCAGGAUUUCCCACCAGAUUGCUGGGUGUCCCUAAACGGUAUGGUUAAUGAUUCCUGGGGAAAGCAGUACUCAUACGCACUCUUCAAAGCCAUGAGUCAUAUGCUCUGCAUUGGUUAUGGAGCCCGUGCCCCUGUCAGCAUGUCCGAUCUCUGGAUAACCAUGUUGAGUAUGAUUGUGGGGGCUACUUGUUAUGCCAUGUUUGUUGGUCACGCCACUGCCCUCAUUCAGUCUCUGGAUUCCUCACGGCGGCAAUAUCAAGAAAAGUACAAACAAGUGGAACAGUACAUGUCAUUCCACAAGUUACCUGCUGACAUGCGCCAGAAGAUCCAUGAUUACUAUGAGCACCGCUACCAAGGCAAGAUCUUUGAUGAAGAAAACAUUCUCAGUGAGCUCAAUGAUCCUCUUAGGGAGGAGAUUGUCAACUUCAAUUGUCGGAAGCUGGUUGCUACAAUGCCUCUUUUUGCUAAUGCAGACCCAAAUUUUGUGACUGCCAUGCUAAGUAAACUGCGAUUUGAGGUGUUCCAACCUGGUGAUUAUAUUAUCCGAGAAGGGGCUGUGGGUAAAAAGAUGUAUUUUAUUCAGCAUGGUGUUGCUGGUGUCAUCACCAAAUCCAACAAGGAGCUGAAGCUGACAGAUGGCUCUUACUUUGGGGAAAUUUGCCUUUUGACGAAGGGCCGUCGAACUGCCAGUGUACGAGCAGACACGUACUGUCGCCUGUAUUCCCUCUCAGUGGACAACUUCAACGAGGUUCUGGAAGAAUAUCCCAUGAUGAGAAGGGCCUUUGAAACAGUGGCAAUUGAUAGACUUGAAAGGAUAGGAAAGAAGAACUCGAUCCUCCUGCAGAAGUUCCAGAAAGACCUCAACACCGGGGUUUUCAACAACCAGGAGAAUGAGAUCUUGAAGCAAAUCGUGAAGCAUGACAGAGAGAUGGUGCAAGCCAUUGCCCCGGUGAGCUUGCAGCAGAUGCCCACACUGAACUCCAGCACCUCCACUGCCAUCUCAUCAUCGCACAUCAGGAUGCAGUCCCCUCCCAUUUACACCAUGAGCAGCCUUUCUCAUGGAAACCUGCACUCCACCUCUCCCAGCACACAGAUGCCCCAGCAAGCCAUCAUCCUCUCUCCCUGCUCCUACACCACUGCCAUCUGCAGCCCACCUGUACAGAGCCCUCUGGCUGGCCAAACUUUCCAGUACAUCUCACCUACUGCCUCGCAGCUCUCCCUCAUGCAGCAGCAGCCACAGGCGCCCCAGCAGCUGCCUGGUGCCACGCAGAAGAACGAGAACCACAAUACCAACCUGACCCGGGAGGUGUGGCCCCUCUCUGCCUCUCAGCCUUCCCUACCCCACGAAAUCUCCACCCUGAUUGCCAGGCCUCACCCCACCAUGGGGGAGUCCCUUGCCUCCCUCCCACAGCCCACUCCUGGCCCCAGCAUGCCUCCUGCCAGCCAGGCCACCAUCCCCCAGCGUGUCUCACUCUUCCGACAGAUGUCCUCAGGAGCCAUUCCCCCAAACUGGGAGACCAUGCCGCCCACAGCCCCUCUGCAAAGGGAUUCUUCCACAGUCUUAAGCACAGAACCCAAGGGAGACAAACUGCGGUUCACAUCAAACUUAUGAUCCUUGGUAAUUGUGAGCAACAGACUUGUAAUGAACUGAGAACCAUCCCUGGAACUGUU